AUGGAAUUAAUUUUAGCAACUUUUUUGUGGGAAAAGUUUGCUUCAAAUGACACUUUGUCUGAAAAGGCAAUGUGUUUAUAUUAUUCAUUAUUUAUUUCAAUUAUAUUCUAUUUAUUAAUUAAAUUAGAUAGAAUAUUUUUUGGAUUAUUUAUAAAAAAUAAUGAAAAAAAAUUAUUAAAUUUAAAAAUUGGUCUUGAAAAAAUAUUUGAAGAAAGGAAAAUCGAAACCGACUUCGAAAAGACCAAAAAGUUAUUGGAGGAAUAUGAAAUUUUUAAAAAUAAAAUCACCACAACCUCAACCUCUUUAUAUCUUAGUAGAUAUAAUUUAGAUUAUAAUAGUUAA